AAUUUUAUCAAUGGUGUCAAAAAAUGAUGUAGCUACAUGAAAAAUGGAUGCAAUGAUGCUAGUGUUUGCCGGUCCACUACAUACACACGUACUGUACGCACGCUUUGGACAUAUGAUGCAACUUUACAUGUGAGACGUAUUUGUGAUAUCGUGAUUGCCAGUGCAUAUUAUCUCGAAAAUGGCAGCCGCCUUCAGAAUUAAGCACGUUAUUAAAUUAGGAAGAUCUUUUUCGAGAUCGUUAAAUAGAAAUUUGCAGGAGAAAUUAGUUCAAUCGCAAUGCCAACGACUACCAGUUAUCUACAAUCAUGUACGACAUUUGUCCUCUCAACCAGAGAUUCAAACUACAGAGUACCAUAAUAUUAUAAAAGAUACAGAGAAAGCUAAAGGUGAGAGUGCCAAGCAUCAGUUUCAGUCCGAAACGCAAAUGUUGCUGCAAAUUGUUGCAAAGUCUUUAUAUUCAGAUAAAGAGGUAUUUGUACGUGAACUCGUUUCAAACGCCAGCGAUGCACUGGAGAAAUUGCGAUAUUUACGUCUGAGCGACAGCGAGAUUGCGCAAGUAGCUGGCGACAGAAGUUUGGAGAUACAUAUUGGCACUGACAAACAAAAUCGUACUCUAACAAUCCAAGACACUGGUGUGGGAAUGACUAGAGAGGAACUGAUAGCCAAUUUGGGAACUAUAGCUCGAUCUGGCUCCAAGGCAUUUCUAAAAAAGUUAAAAGACCAAAACGCCAGUGAUACAUCCAAAAUUAUUGGGCAGUUUGGGGUUGGAUUUUAUAGUGCUUUCAUGGUUGCUGAUAAAGUAGAAGUAUUUACUAAAUCUUUUGCAAGUGACGCAGAGGGUCUUUGUUGGACGUCAGAUGGAUCAGGUACAUUUGAGAUUUCAAAUGCGGACGGUGUACAGCCAGGCUCAAAGAUUGUUAUACAUUUGAAGCCAGAUAGCCGAGAAUUCAGUGAUGAGAAUACUAUCAAUCGCGUUAUCAACAAGUACAGUAAUUUCGUCGGCAGUCCUAUUUUUGUGAAUGGAAAGAGGACUAAUACAAUUCAGCCAUUGUGGAUGUUUGAUCCAAAAGAUGUCACGCCGUUGCAACAUGCAGAAUUUUAUCGAUUCAUAGGAAAUUGCAUUGAUUCACCAAGAUUUGUAUUACAUUAUUCGACGGAUGUGCCGUUGAGUAUCAAGGCUCUGUUAUAUUUCCCGGAUGAAAAGCCUGGAUUGUUCGAUCUAGCGAGGGGCAUUACCAGUGGAGUGUCGCUCUACAACCGAAAGAUUCUAAUUAAAAGCAAAGCAGAGAAUAUCUUACCAAAAUGGCUACGUUUCAUUACAGGCGUAGUAGAUUCGGAAGACAUACCGUUAAAUUUGAGCCGUGAACUGCUACAAAACAGUACACUGAUUGGAAAAUUACGAAACGUGUUGACCGCACGUAUACUAAAAUUCUUAAAUGAGCGAUCUACGAAACAGCCAGAAGACUAUAAUGAAUUUUACAAAGCUUACGGCUUGUUUUUAAAAGAAGGCAUUAUAACGAGUUCUGAUCAGUCUGAAAAGGAAGAUAUAGGCAAACUCUUGCGCUUUGAAUCUUCCGCUGCUGCUCUGGGGGAAUUAGUCAGCCUGUCGCAAUACUGCAGCCGUUUAGCAAAAGAUCAAAAGGAUAUAUUUUAUUUGUCAGCACCGAGCCGAACUCUAGCCGAGCAGUCGCCGUAUUAUGAAUCUUUGAAAAAACGAAAUGUUGAAGUUUUAUUCUGCUAUGAGCCAUAUGAUGAAUUAGUAUUAAUGCAUUUGAGGCAGUAUAAAACUAACCUUUUGACGUCCGCGGAGAAAGAAAUGCGAGAUGAUACGGAAGCAAAUAAACCAGAAAAUUUAGGUAUUAUAAAUAAGGAUGAACUGGAUAACCUUGUAAACUAUAUGAAAAAAAUUCUCAACAAGAAAGCGUAUGAUGUCAAGAUGACGAAUCGUUUGGAAUCGCAUCCUUGCGUUGUAACCGUUCAGGAUAUGGCAAGCGCGAGGCACUUUAUCCGCAUGCAGAGUCAUCAAAUGAACGAAGAAAUGCGAUAUUCCAUGCUUCAACCGCGCUUUGAGAUAAAUCCAAAUCAUCCUCUCAUCAAAAAGUUAUGCAAGCUAACAACUACAGAUACUGAAUUAGCUGAUCGUCUAAUAAAACAGUUGUUUACCGGUGCCAUGGUUGGAGCUGGUCUAAUUGAAGAUCCACGCAUAUUAUUGACAUCAAUGAACGAAUUACUUACCUUAGCGUUGCAAAAAUAUUAAGAAAUAGAGAGAAAUGAAUUGUGUAUCGAUAUGGAUAGUCAAUAUUAUUCUAUGAUUUAAAAUUCUCUAUAUAUUUUUUCCCCUCUAUUUUUAUAUCAUAGAAGAACAUUGAAUGUCCCAAGAUAUCGCAUAAAAUACUAAUAAGUUAUCCAUUUUCUUAUACAGAUAUGAGAAAAUAAGAAUAUUAAAUUGUGAAUAAAGGGGUAUAACUUAUUGUAGGCAAGAUUGGUUUCUUUAUUACAAUAGGUUGAUCUUGUACAAAUUAAUUAUAGCCUUACAAUAAUAACAAGUCAAGUUCCUCAUUUUCUUAAAAGAUUUCAUGAUAUCGAUAUGUAUUCUAUUAGCAGGGCUAGAUGUUAUGGCGAAUUUAGAAAUUGUACCCAUGUUUCCCAUGUUUUUUUUUCUUACAAUCCACGAUUUUAAAAGUUGUACACUCAAACUGGCAAGCAAUAAAUAAUUUUAUGAAAUUAUUUUACAUAAAACACAUAAA